AUGGAAAACUGCAGCUUUCUCUAUGCUCCUUCAUCUUCAGCAAUAUCUGCACCAAAUAGCUGCAGCAUCAGCACUGGAUCCGCUUCCAUUUGGUUGGCUACAGUUCUCAAAGAGCUUGGAGAAUUCCCUUGUGAUAGGGCAAAUCCAGAUGAAGCAGCUGCUCAACUACAUGGAUGUGGACUCAAUGUUCUAGUUAAUGAUCCUAUCUCCACAUCGACUACUUUAGAAGACAUGGUAAAUUCGGGAUCCAGCAGCUCGUCCUCGGAUUUGGAAGCACCAAAACAAGAUCUCAUUCAAGGACAAGCCAACGAGUCUGUGAUAGGUGAGGUUAAACAUGUAAGUUCAUUUGGAGUAAGUGACAUGGAUUCUUUAAUGUGUUCAAUGAAUGAUUAUUGCUCCCAGCAAUUUGGUUUCGAUGGUUACUCUCCUGUGGUUGCUGAUCCCAAUGUUUGUGGUUUAGUCGUAAAUGAUGAUGACGACGGCAAGAUUAUAGAUGAGAUUACAACGAGUCCAACACCAAAGAAUAAGAAUAAGAGAGGAAGAAGCAAUAGUAAUUCUGGUGGUGGCCGAUUGAGUCAUAUGGAGGCAGAGCGGCAAAGAAGGGAAAAGUUGAACCAGCUGUUCUAUGAGUUAAGAUCGGUAGUACCAAAUGUGUCAAGGAUGGACAAGGCUUCUUUGCUUUCAGACACCUUGUCGUAUAUCAAUGAACUCAAAAGAAAAGUGGACAAAUUGGUGGCUGAUCAACAGGCUAAAUUAAGAGGAUCCAAGGAGCCAUUAAACAGCAAGACUACAACGAUGACUAAAACAAGUGGUGAAAGCAUAGUUAAUGAUGACGGCAAUGAUGUCUCCGAUAGGAAUUCAACAUCUGAUAAUGCAGAUGGAGGCAGGGUCGACAUGACCUCGAUGAAGAAUAUGGAAAUCGAUGUUAAGAUGAUGAUGGAUUCGCACGCUAUGAUACGGGUGAUAUCAGAGGACGUGAAGCAUUCUUCAGCUGGACUAAUGAAUGCACUAAGAGAACUAGAGUUUCAAGUACAACACGCCAGCAUAUCCAGAGUCAAGGAUCAAAUGCUGCAGGAUGUCAUGGUUAGACUUCCUGAGAACUCCGUUAAGACCAUCAGCACAGAGGAGGGGGUAAAAGCUGCCGUCUUUGCGAAACUAAAGAAGCAGCGCUUUACAUAA